AUGACUGCCCUGCGGAAAACCAGAGGUGGCACAGAAUGUACUGGAUUAUCGAUUCAACCACCGCUCAAAAUGCCUCAAGUGCAAACGUCAUUAGAGGAGCUGGAAAGGAUCAUCCACUGGCAGCAGUGGACACUCAAACUAACCGGGAUUAACGUGCACAGUGCUGACUUUAAAUUUAAUCCCCAAGCUAUGAUAACCAUAAUAGUUGCCGGAAUUUUUACGGCCGUACAUAUCAUUGAUAUGUUCAUCUUUCGCGACGACGUAUUUAAUUUAACUUUUGUACUCAUUACCUUCUGUUACUGCAUAAUCGGAUGGAUUCGACUUUUAUCUGGUUUAAAGGAGUCCAAAUCAAUCUCGUCAUUGGUGACAACGGCUGUAGCGACGCACAAGCAUGUAUUUGGAGAUCAACAAGAACAAAAUAUCUUAAACCGUUUUAUUAAACUGUUGAAGCAAGCCGUUCUGAUCUACACCGGAAUGUUUGUUGGAGGAUGUGUAAUGGCUGGACUUUUGCCGCUUGCCAUUUAUUUAUGGAACGGUGAAGUGCUGCUGCCUUAUGGAAUUAUUCUACCAUUUGUAGAUCCUGCGACGCGGCUAGGCUACCAAAUUAAUUAUAUCUAUCAGAUUUUCUGCAUUUUAUAUUUUCCACCGGAAAUAGCCGCCACUCAAAAUAUGUACUUCGUGUUAGUAUUCAACAUUUGCAUAGAGUAUGACAUGUUGAUGUUGAAACUAAACGAAUUAGAUAAAUUGAUUUUCAACAACAAGGACGGAAGGCUGAAUGACACGAUUCACGAGAAGUUGGCUGAUAUUGUUCGUUACCAUCAGCGGGUGAAUGAUUUCGUAACGAAAUUCGAGGAAUUGUACUCUUACCAGCUCUUUUUGGAAAUCAGCAUCGAUGCUUUGCAGAUUAUUAUAACCUUGUUUGUUUUGCACAUAGAUUUCUGGAUGCCCGGUUACCUGGUGAUUGUGGUUGCGACAUUCCAGCUGUUUCUCUAUUGCCUUUUGGGAACGUUAAUCGAAAUAAAAACGGAUUCAUUUUCGAAGCGUAUCUACAGUAUCAAUUGGUAUAAACUAACGAAAAAGGAACAAAAAAAUAUAGGAUUUGCGCUUAGGACAUCGCAGAAACCACGUCAGCUGACAUACGGUGGAUUUACAUCGUUAAAUGUGAACUUUUUCCUAUCGAUUUAUAAGAAGAUCUAUUCAGUAUUUAUGAUGUUACAAAACAUGAAUGAGUAA